AAAUAUCAGAUCCCAAGUAUGUGGCCACAUACUUCUUCUAUAUAAACGGAUUAAUUUCCUCUACAAAAACCAAUCAAUUCAAUGAAUUUUUGCCAGUUUAACUUAUCAUCUCUCUCCAAGUGCUAGAUCAAAUUCUUGUUCGGCUGAUAUGUUUUGAGUCUCAAAAAUAUUUCCCAAAUUUAUUGGCACAAACACACACACACAUACAUAUAUAUAGUUGUUUUUUUCGUGUGAGAAAAGAAAAAAAAUUAAGCAGAUGGGCAGCCUCAAUUUUGACUAUCCAUGCAUGGAAAACCCAUUAGACCCUGAGGAGUUCAGGAGGCAAGGCCAUAUGAUCAUUGAUUUCAUUGCAAAAUACUACCAACAAGUGGAGAAAUUCCCAGUUCUAAGCCAAGUCCAACCAGGCUAUCUCCGAAAACUACUACCAAAAUCUGCCCCCUACUCUCCCGAGCGCAUCGAAACUAUCCUCCAAGAUGUGCAAGCUCACAUUAUCCCUGGUAUAACGCAUUGGCAAAGCCCUAACUUCUUUGCAUAUUUUCCUUCAAGUGGAAGCAUUGCAGGCUUUCUCGGCGAAGUACUUGCCACCGGAUUCAACGUCGUCGGCUUCAACUGGAUGUCGUCGCCAGCGGCAAGUGAGCUGGAGAGCAUAGUCAUGGACUGGCUCGGAGAAAUGCUUAAGCUUCCGAGUUCAUUCCUUUUCGCCGGCAACGGUGGUGGUGUUUUGCAAGGGACUACCUGCGAGGCCAUUCUGUGCACUCUUGUAGCCGCAAGGGAUCAAAAGUUGAACAAAAUUGGGAAAGACAACAUCGGAAAGCUAGUCGUGUAUGGGUCGGACCAAACCCACAGUGCUUUCCGAAAAGCUUCUCAAGUUGCUGGAAUCCAUCCAAGCAACUGUCGCGUCAUCAAGACUUCAAGAUCAACCUCGUUUUCUCUCCCUCCAAACGCACUACAAACAAUGAUUUGUUCCGACGUGGAAGCCGGGUUAAUCCCCGUUUAUAUAUGUGCUACCAUGGGGACGACUUCAACCACCGCCGUUGAUCCCCUGGGACCCAUAUGCCACGUUGCAAAGGAACAUAACAUAUGGGUUCAUGUGGAUGCCGCAUAUGCGGGAAGCAUAUGCAUAUGUCCGGAGUUUCGACAUUUCAUCGAUGGCGUGGAAGGUGCGAACUCGUUCAGUUUCAACGCGCAUAAAUGGUUCUUCACCACUCUCGAUUGUUGUUGCCUUUGGGUGAAAGACCCCAGUUCGCUGAUCAAAUCGCUCUCCACCAACCCCGAGUAUUUGAGAAACAAAGCCACGGAUUCCAAACGAGUUGUGGACUACAAAGACUGGCAGAUUGCACUCAGCCGGAGGUUUCGAGCUAUGAAACUAUGGGUCGUGCUCAGAAGCUACGGGGUGGACAAACUUAGGAACUUGCUUAGACGCCAUGUUAGGAUGGCCAAGCUCUUUGAAGGAUUUUUAGCCAACGAUGAGAGGUUUGAACUUGUGGCUCCAAGGAAUUUCGCCAUGGUGUGUUUCAGAGUUUCGCCAUUGGCGAUCAGUAAGGAAAAAAAUACUAGUGCUGUUAAGUGUGAAAAGAACGGAAUAUUAAUUAGUUGCUCCGGUGCUAAAGAAAAGUCGUUGGAUACUAAAGAACAUGAAAAGUUGAUAAAUAAGAUAAACUCGGAGCUGUUGGAGUCCAUCAAUGGGUCGGGGCGUGUAUACAUGACUCAUACGGUGGUUGAUGGAAUGUUUGUGCUGCGGUUCGCAGUCGGUGCAACCCUAACACAGGACUUGCACGUUGUCAUGGCUUGGAAAGUGGUGACAGAGCAGACAACCAACAUAUUAAAUAAUUAUGGAAAGUUACCAUAAUUAAGCUAGCAAACUAGCUUGCUAGAUGCUUAUUAUGUUCUACUCAAAAGUUAUUAAUGUAUUGAUUUUGCUUUUGUCUA